CUGGAGAUUUUUUGGAUCGAGAAUCUUCAUCCAUGUCGGCCGCCGUCUUGCCUUCAUUCACUUACAUGCCGCCUCUCGCCUUUCCUCUGCGUGCGCAACCUGUCCGAUUCAUAUUCUGGCGUUGAAGCAUCUUGGGGGUUCCUUUUCCUUUUUUUCUGUUCUUUCGGCGUCGAUUUUGUUUAG